UUGGAUAACAUAAACAUCAUCCACAUUUACAUAACCCCAACAAAGGUCUUCUAUUCCACAUAUUAUUCUCUCUCAUCACUCACUUGCCUGAAACAUUUGGAAAAUCAGUGGAAUGGCUCAAGCUAUGGCUUCAAUGGCUGGCUUACGUGGCUCCUCCUCCCAGGCUGUUUUGGAAGGCAGCCUCCAUCUCAACAGCUCGACCCGCUUGACCGGAGCCACCAGUGGCAGCCGGGUUGCUGUGGCUCGACCGGGUUACACUAUUAGGGCCCAACAGGGGUCAGCUGAGACCGAGACUAGUCGCCGGACGAUGCUGGGUCUAGUGGCUGCAGGGCUAGCCUCUGGGUCUCUUGUUCAAGCUGUGCUCGCCGAAGCCAAAUCCAUCAAGGUCGGCCCACCGCCUCCACCCUCCGGUGGAUUGCCUGGAACAUUGAACGCUGAUGAGGCAAGAGACACUGAUCUUCCAUUGAAGGAACGAUUUUUCAUCCAACCAUUGUCUGCAACUGCAGCAGCAGAGAGGGCAAAGGAGUCUGCAAAAGACAUUUUUAAUGUGAAAGGGUUUAUAGAUAAGAAGGCUUGGCCUUAUGUCCAAAACGAUCUUCGUCUCAAGGCAGGGUACCUUCGAUAUGAUCUUAACACUGUUAUUGCUGCAAAGCCCAAAGAACAAAAGAAGCCUCUCAAAGAUCUCACUGGAAAACUCUUCCAGGACCUCAACAAUCUGGACCAUGCAGUAAAGAUUAAGAGUCCUUCUGAAGCAGAGAAGUACUAUGCAGUGGCUGUAUCUACCCUCAAAGAUGUUCUUGCCAAGAUUGGUUGAAAAGAAAUUAAUGUACUAAUGUUUAAGCUUUAUAUUUCAAUUUAUGAGACACUUUGCUUCAGUGCUAUUUUCAAGGGAAUCUAAUUGAAGAAACUAUAAGUAGUUUUCGUAAAAA